AAGAUCGUAAUUAUACGAUAUAAUCGAAUAAUUUAAAAGUUAGAACGUGUUAUCAAGCGGAAACAAACGCAGUCAAGAUCAGUCAUGCGAUUAUCGACGGAGAAGUAUGUCGUUAAAUGCGGAAGAUAAUGUAUGUACCAUAUUGCAUCAGCGUAAAGUAGGAUAAAAAUCAACUAUGAAUAAAUUAAGUAAUAUACCGCCGGAUUUGGAUCUGGACGAUCCUAGAUUUAGGAUCAAGCCAUAUCAACAAAUUGUGGCUUCAUGCACUGGUGCUUUUAUUACAUCAGUAUUUGUGACCCCUUUGGAUGUGGUAAAAAUUCGCCUUCAAGCACAGCAGAAAGCAAUGCUUUCAAAUAAAUGUUUUCUUUACUGUAAUGGUUUAAUGGAUCAUCUGUGUCCAUGUCCAAAUGGUAGAGGCCCAGCGUGGGCUAGCGGAAAUGGAAAAUUUAAUGGCACAGUGGAUGCCCUUAUGAAAAUUGGUAAAAACGAAGGAAUUCUUUCCUUAUGGAGUGGUCUAAGUCCUACUCUUGUUCUAGCAGUACCUGCAACUAUAGUAUAUUUUGUUUCGUACGAACAAUUAAGAUUAUAUUUUAAGGAUCAGUAUAAUAAUAAAUUUAGAAGGGAUAAAAUUAGUAUUGCAGCUAUGGAACAACCGUUUUGGAUUCCUAUGUUGGCUGGGGCCAUAGCCCGUGUAUGGGCUGCAACUUUAGUCAGCCCGUUAGAAUUAAUUAGGACGAAAAUGCAGUCGCAGAAAUUGAGUUAUGCCGAAAUAAUGCAAGCAUUGAAAACCGUUGUAAGACACAGUGGUGUUUCUGGGUUAUGGAUGGGGUUAAGCAGCACUCUCCUACGUGAUGUACCUUUUAGCGCAAUUUACUGGUUAAAUUAUGAAACUAUAAAACAACAAUGUCGCGGAAAACAACAAACUUUUACUUUUAAUCUUGCAGCGGGUGCUAUAGCAGGUUUUAUAGCAGCAUUUUUAACGAUACCUUUCGACGUAGUGAAAACACACAGACAGAUAGAUAUGGGAGAGAAAGAAAUUUAUUCAGGUAAUAAACCUGGACGUAGCAGCGGAACUUGGACCGUAAUAAGAAAAAUUUACCAUCAAAACGGUGUAAAAGGCUUGUUCACAGGAUUGAUUCCUCGAGUGAUAAAAGUAGCUCCAGCAUGCGCGAUUAUGAUCGCGACAUUCGAACACGGGAAACGAUUCUUUCAAACGUACAACGCAAAUAUAAUACUUCAACAUGAAAACGACAUGCAAUACCUACAACACAAAGCCAAUAGUGACAAAUGACAUGCAUAUUUUGUUAUGUAC